AUGGUUGACUUUUCUGCUGAUUUCUCCUUUUCCCAAUCGCUUUUUUUUUUUUCCCUCUGUCCAAUUUUUAAUAUUUCUUCUUUCUCCUCCCCUUCUUCUGUGUGUGUGUGUGUCUCUCUCUCAUAUUUGUUUGGUUCCCAAUGCUUUCUUUUAGGUGUUGCUCUCUGCUUGUCUCUCCUCACACACACUUUCUCUUUCUCUUUCUCUCUCCUUCAAAUUUUUGGUCUUUCUUCUUGUGUCUGUUGCUCUCUCUCGUCCUUGUAUUUGGCUCACACAUCUUCUUUGCCACUCCAUGUUCAAACUCCUCCUGCAUCUUUCUGCCACUUUUCAUACUCUUACACAUCUCUCUACACCUCUUCACACCACUCUGUCUCUCAGCCCUUCUUCACGCCACUCUGUCUCUCAGCUCCUGCAUGGCUUUCCAUCUCUCAUAUGCAUCUCACAAUCUCUGGGCUUCUGCAUGCAUUCUAG